AUGGGGGCGAAGAAGCAGGGAGGAGGCGGCGGAGGAGACCAGAAGGGCCUCCUGUGGAGGCUGCCGAAGGUCACCUCUAAGGAGCUCGGCAAGAUAGGCCCCGCCCUCGGAAUCGGCAUCGGCUGCGGCGCCGGCGCAGGCGUCGGAUUCUUCGGCGGUGCAGGAUUAGGCUAUGGAUUUCCUGGACUCACAUUAGGCUUUGGAGUUGGAGCUGGAUGUGGUGUAGGAAUUGGCUUUGGUUAUGGGUUGGGCAAAGGAAUUGCAUAUGAUGAAAACAAAAGAUACUCCAAUGUUGGCAAAAUGUUCCAGGAAGCUUCACAUCUGCCUACUGUUAAGGAUGACCUUGUAAUAAUACUCAAAAAUCAUGUGCCAUAG